AUGAACCAAUGCCGGGGCGCCCCAAGUCUACCGGCCGCUUCGGCGAUCUCACGAGCAGUGCCUGAUUCUCUUAACCCAGAAGAGGUGCUGUAUCGCCUCCACAAGCUAGAGGAAGCGGUCUUCCAUAAUCCAAUUGGGGCAGAGCAUCACCCGCGGGCAUCCCCAGCAAGCAAUGAGGAACAUAUCUCCCCUACUAGCUUUACUUCAGUUAAUUCCCACGCCCGAAACUCUCACAAUGAAACUUACCUAGAUACAAGAAGCAUAGCUAGACAUCUCCCGGAUAUAGACGAGGCUAGGGAGUUGUUCAACCAUUUCGUAGUCACUAUUGGGCCUACGUUUGGGGUCCUCCAUGUACCUUCUACGAAAGAGCUAAUGGAACAGGCUUAUCGGACUAUGCUUGAGGGCCCGAGGCUAGACGCUGCUAGGUUGCUGUUGCUUCUCAGUGUAUUUGCUGGCUCGAUGCUUGCCUGGACACCUCAGCUUUUGAAUAAGCUGAACGCUACGCCAACAGAAGCGCAAGCAGCUUUCAAGGUAUACACACGCCUUGCAAUAUCGAUUUUGGAUUAUCCUCAGCCCAUGGAGCCCUCCACUACUGCACUCGCCGCUAUGGCUACUUUGUCACAUAUGGUUGGCAAUUCUGAUGGUUAUCCUUACAAACUUCCAUUAAUUCGCUUCCGUUGCUUCACCAUGGCGCGCGCAAUGCAGAUCCAUCGUUUAGAUACCCCGAAAAGUUGCGAACAAAGAAAGCUAAAAGGAUAUGAUCCAAUUGAGCUCGAAGUCCAAAGACGGAUCUGGUGGAAUAUGGUGGCGAGCGACUGGCUAAACUCAUUUUCUGGUGGUCCCCAGGAAGGAGCAUACUUGAUCCAGCCAAAGCACAUGAUGGUCAAUUAUCCCACUAAUGUUGACGACGAGCUUAUUACCCCAGCAGGCAUACUGCAGGACCCUCCCUUAUCGCAACCCUCCGCACUGUCCGCCUUCAUCUACCGUGUGAAGCUAGCUACUCUUUGCCGCGAAGUCGUCGAUGCGAUGCCGUCAAUUUGGCUAGAGGCACAAGAGCCGGAAUACGGAACAAUCCUAGAACUAGACAGGAGGUUUCAGAACUUCCUAAGUGACCUUCCAACCUUCUUUCAACUAGACCCCGACAGCAUUGAACAAAGCCAGAAAAUAUGUGAAGAGCGUCCCCAUAUCCCUGUUCAGCGAAUAAGCCUGCAUUUUAGUCUCCAUACGCGCCUUUGUCGGCUUCACCGACCUUACCACCUUGAAGGUGUAACAAACCCAAGAUACGCCUAUUCCCAUCGCACAUGUAUACAGUCUGCGCAGAAAGUGCUAGAGCUGCGACGCUUGAUGGACGAUGCUGGUGCACGGAUCGGAUUGAAACCAGGGCGCUUCUGGACGGCAAACCAGCAUUGUUUUCUCGCCGCCCUUAUUUUAGCUACCGAUGUUUCAUUUAACCCUGACGCACCAGAUGCGGAGGCUCGGAAGGCUAAAGUGCUUAGUGCUUACGAAACACUCGAGAAGUCGAAGGAAGAGUCAAAUAUUCUGGUAGAGACAAUCCAGAAAAAUAUGCAGACUCUUAUGUCAACCCUCCACAAGCAGCGACCACAACUCCUUGGUUCACAAUCAGGGGAUCCUACGGGAAUCGGUAAAGAUACCCAUCUGUCAGCCAGUGGAACCCCUCAGAACAACGAGUACUCGCGAGACCUUCAUGGUACAUCUAUACCCAGUCAUACAACAGAUACGGUGCAAUCGUCAGCUACCGAGGAUCUAACUCUAGUUGGCAAUGCGGCUCCUCAGAGGAACAUUCCACCUGAGGCAGGGUUCCGAGAGGAAGAAUGGGACCAGCUAUGGUCAGACUUUCUAGCGGUCGCGCCCGACCUCGACAUCCUGCAGUGGAACUCCUUGUUGGAUGAUAUGGACUUCCACUUCGGUGAAUGCACCUAA